GGGGCUGCUUGUGCAUGUCUAAAUAAUACUCAACAAAUAAAAAUGCCUACAGUCGAGACCCAAACAACUUGGAGUUGGGUGCAAGAUCUUUCAGCCCUUGCAAAGCUGACAGAUGAACACCGAGAGCUGGAGCUGAGCAUUGGCAGGCAAGAUAUCAGGGAACUAGAUCUGACCACAGGGAAAGUCAGUGCUUCACAUGAACAGGAAUUCGAUAUCAACACAGUACAAGAAAAUAGUGAUCAGCUAUUCAGAAGUUUCGGCUUUAUGCCCGUACAUAGGGUAACAAGUGAGGAUCCAAUACAACACUCCCCACAAUCUGAUUCGAGUAGUAACACAGAACCUCAACAAACAAAGGAACUGCACCUUCCCAUAAUUAGUCUGACACGGAACCAAGAAGACAAGUGUAUACAAAAGCAAAAAACAAACGAUGUGACACUACCACCCGUUGUUCCAAAUGCUCAGUACUCGAACGACCUUAGUGACCCGGACACACCUGACGAGGAAGAAAUAGAACAAGCAUACACCGAUCUUUCACUUCCUAAUCUGCCAUGGCCAAAAAUCUUGCAAUACAUGAGAGAAUCGGAAUCUUAUGCUGCCAAAUACUUCAGUCUACAAAAUAAGCGUACCUUGGCCAAACGAUUGAAAGAAGCUAAAGCUACUCACAAGACAGGGCUUAGCAUGAACAAUACCUCAAACAAGAAACUGGAAUUGCAGGGAGGUACGGGUGUGAGCACAGACGAUGAUACUUCAGAGGAGAGCGAAUUAGAUGCCAGUGAUGUAGAGGGUGAAGACAUUCAAAGGUUCCCUGACGAGCAGUUAGAAACCUGUGACUUCUGCGGCGAGCCAAAGCCAAAAUACAAUAUUCUCGAUGUAAAAGAAUCAGCACAAAAGGAUGAGGAAGACAAGGAAUUCUGUUGUGAGGAAUACAAAGCCUUCUGCGUACUUGUAGCUACAUGCCUAAGGCAACUGGUAGACAAGCUUCAGCACAGCCCCCCGAAGAAGAUAUCGAUAAAGCUAACAAAACAGCAAAUACAGAAGACAGCAGAGCAAAGAGCAUUUGCACUGAUGUGCAGAAAGAGAAAGUGGGAGCAGCUGCUGCAAAAAAGAACACAGCAGAAAACUACAAUUGGAAAGACAUUGAAGCAGACAAGGAUCAUUCAGUUCUCCCUGUUGUCCACUGAAAUCCUUGACACUGGCUGGAUGGUCAGACCACAAUCCAAAACGAAACAUUGCACAGCAAGAAAAAAGAAAGUUCAACAAAAGUUGGACAGGAAAAAGAGAGCAAAUGUUCUUACACUUGGUAUACUGAAAAGGCUACGAAAUGACAAGCCUAACGAUGGUGAACUGGACCAAAGAUUAUAUGGAGACGGAACAUCCUUUGUGACUCUUCUGCCCAACAGAACGGGACAGUGCAACUAUCGAUCUGGUAACAUUGCUGUUGCUGCAUUCUCCCCUUAUGCUGGUGUGCUAGCGUAUCUCCUAUACGAGGAUUCUACAAAAGUAUUGCUAGGGUACUUGGAUGAGCUUGGACGAAUAAGCUGUUACUACUCAGAUGGAAAGCUACAAUUGUACUCGGGUCAAACGGGAGGAAUGGUCUUUGAUCAUGAUGGGACCAUACGGAGGAGGUGGGAAUGGGACAGCCCUAAUGGAAGCUCUUUCCAGCCAACCACUACAACACUAAACAAAUACCUCACUGUGAAAUGUCAGAGCAGGGGGCAUUCAACAAUAACCUUCUCAUCUGAACAUAAAGUUAUCAAAAUCUCUGUCGACUGUCAACUACAGAAAGAUGAAACACUCAGAAGUGUGGUUGACCUAACGUACUCUAACUGGCUAGCAGAUCAGCUACAACAGAGCAAGAAACAGAUCAGUGGUAUACUGUUAUGUCUACAGAGCACAAACCGUUCAAGAAAAUUAGCUCAAUUGAAAUCUGUGUACAAUCCACUGGGAAGGGAGAAACCCCAACACAGCACAAGACAAAGAACAAAGAGCACUGGAGCAAUCCCAAUAAACACUAAACAGAGCACAUUGAAGCACACACACAGGAUAGUCUAGUGAAUAUAUUCAUCAUGUGGUGUCCAUUUUAUUGUUCAAUGUUGAUGUUGAUUUUUGAUCACGAGUUGAUGCUGGUUGUAUUUCAGCUGAGGAA